AUGGAGUUUAAUCCGAUGGCGAGGUUGCAUCCUAGCAACUCGACUCCGACAUUGAAAGUUGCCAACGACCGUCCGCCCUCCAUCCAUACCACAGGGUCAAGGGUACCUCCGGUCUUGACAUCUGGUCCAUCGGAGCAGACGGGGAGGAAUAUUUCCAUUAAGCACAGAUUUUCAGGUGUUUCAGUUCCUACAAGGAAGUCUUCCAAGGCCAAUCUCGCAAGUCAAAGCCCAGAUGGCCCCGUUCUCGACAAUCCCAGGCGACCAGGGAUAGUGUGCAUUGAUCCCACGAUACACCCUCCAGGCGCUCAUGCAGAAAUUCAUCACCCUGGAUUGGUUGUCGGCGCCGACUUUUGUGAUGCUGGGUUUGUUACCGAUCGUGAUUCUCCGAUCAGGACACCGCCAACCAAACUUUCUCCGGUUAAUCCGUCUAAACCCAUACUCACGGGGCGAGUCCGUCGCCUUCUUUCGGGAGGAGACACCUGUGAAGAAAUAGUGGACGUUUCCGAGCAUGUCCACAAGAAUCAUACCUCCGCUGUCAAAGUUCGUCCAGCCACCGGACUACUUCCCAGAGUUGAUGCGACUUAUAGAGGCCACGCUGGCAUAUCAAAGGUUCAGCCUGCUGAUUACGGAAACACCAAAGUAGAUAAGGAGAUCAUUCACCAAAGAAGACCUUCGGUUAAGAUUGCCACACCAGAAAAGCCCGAUGUGGUGGAGCACCCCCAUCAUGGCCAUCAUCUCACGCCAAAAGUGCGCCCACAUGUAGACCGUGCUUCUCUCCGGAGUUCCGGACAAGAUAUGUAUCCUAAUGACAUUCACGGUGGGCAUAUAUGGGUUCCGAAAGUACAGCCUUAUCAUGAGUCGUCACCUCUACUACUCAGGACAGAAGAAAAUUCAAUUCCUGGGGUAGCUGUAAAAGUGCACCCUAAGAAAGACGAUGAUCCACCAACAGCUGCUUCAUACUGGGGAUUCCUCCCGGGAUUCGGCGUGAAGAAAGACGAGAAGACCACAAGACAUUCGUCUGCUGGAGACGACUUUGGCGGGCCGCCUAUGCCUCUAUCUGAAUCAAGAAGCAGAUCGGUCACUACAUCUCGUCCUAAAAAUCGGCCUUCGUUAAGUGCCAGUCAAUAUUCGAAUUCUCAAAAGAGCUCUGAUAUUGUUCCCAAGGCUGUUACUAAGACCACGGAUCCAGCCAUAAACCAAGAAAAUGCGCACCAGGAUGAUGGAAAUAUGGCGUCUCUACGGAAUCUAUUCGGUAAUCUUCUUCCACAAGAGGACACCGCACCGGAAAAGAAAAGGGUAUUGUCAACGGCUUCUGCCUCGCCAACUACGCGUCCGCAUCCCGUAGACGAUGAGUCGGAGGAGCUGGAGCAAAACACGUCGUCUGAACAGGUUGACCCAUGGCGUGCUGCGAACUGGCUUCGCCAAUUGCUUGGGUACCCGGAAUCUAGCGCUCCAAAUCUUACCCAAUUACCAGAAAAGUCCCAUCCUCGCCAUGAGAAGCAUAAUGACUAUCCUGGCGAUGAAGCCGGUGCAAUACCAUCUAGGGUAACGACGUUCUCGGGAGAAAAUGCUGCAGACAUGGGAACAAUGCAUUCGGCCGUGCAUAACCUUGAACGGCUGCUAAACGAAGCAUUAUUUCUUGCAAAUGAAGUGACCGGACAAGACCAUUGCGAACACGCAGGCGACGAACCAUCCAAGGUGUCGCCAAAUACUUUUCUCGGCGCUAUUGAAAGCCCAGGCCAUGGGUGCGGAGACUUGCCCUCGGCGUCAGCGAGAAAUGACGAGCUGCUGAAACCUGACAUGUACAGCGGAAACGUGAUACGGUCAUCAAAUAAAGAGCCAAACGUUCGUGGCCUCCGAAAGUCUGAGCGCAGGCAAAUGGAAGUUCAUGAAAUACACCACCACGUAUUAGAUGAAGAAGGCACCUUACCCAAUAGCCGCGAGGUUAAAGAGUAUAUCCGUGUUUACCACGAACCACCAAUCACUCCCAGGGACAGUUCCAUGAAUCUUCGGGAGGGCCUGAAAGGAGGGUAUAUGCAUCUCCAUCAAAACGGUAUAUACCCCAAAAUUUGCCACAAGGAUGUGGAUGUUUGUAGCUUGGAUGGAUCUGACGAUAUGGUAGGCCCCGUCACCCAGUCCGACAACAAUAAAAGACACGGUCGGCACUUAGAAGUACCUGCACCCAACCAGAACGCAAAUCAAUCGAAUGCAGAAGCUUCGGUGCCUCAAGGAAGAGCACCACCCAAGCGAACCCACGAAGUUCGCAACAUCAGCCUCCGAAGGAGAUCCCAUGUCAGUCUCAGAGACGGGCAACGAUUUAGUCUUACCAGAUCGGUGAGACGACAUCCAACUAUAGCCCGCGACUGGUCCCCCUUGCGCAAGCGGUUUGUUGCUUCGGUUGCAUGUAUCAGCACUGCUCUAGUUGGUGUCUUAAUUGGGAUCUACGCAGGCCUAGUCCCAUCGAUUCAAUACGUCAUUGCAGAUUUCCACCACUACUCAAUCAUCGGCAAUGUCGGACUGUACCUUGGAAUGGCGCUUUCGACAUUCUUUUGCUGGCCUCUGCCAUUGCUCCAUGGCCGUAAACCGUACAUCUUGUGCAGCCUAUGCGUAGCGAUGCCGCUACUCUUUCCUCAAGCCAUUGCUGUCAGCACCCCGAGAUCCCCAUACACCAGCGUUUGGAGAUGGGCCUUGCUGCUCCCCAGAGGGAUCAUGGGUUUUGCUUUGGGGUUCGCCAAUAUGAACUUCCAUUCUAUUUUAACCGACCUCUUUGGGGCAUCUCUAAUGAGUAGCAACCCACAUCAGGAAGUUGUGGAUCAAUCUGAUGUAAGAAGGCACGGCGGUGGCCUUGGAGUUUGGCUUGGGAUCUGGACGUGGUGCUUUAUCGGCUCAUUAGGCAUCGGCUUUUUGGUUGGUGCUCUGGUCAUCGACACUUUACGGCCGUCUUGGGGGUUAUACAUUAGCAUCAUGUCAAUUGCGGUCGUCCUUUUCCUCAACGUCAUCUGUCCAGAGGUCCGACGAUCAGCUUGGAGACGCUCAGUAGCCGAAGUGAGAACCGAGACAGGAUGGUCCCGAAGAGUAGCUCGCGGCGAGAUCAUGAUGCACCGGGUCGGGGAUGGACCAACAUGGUGGGGCCAAGAGAUGUAUCAUGGUAUGGCACUUUCACUUGAGAUGCUCCGCCAGCCUGGAUUCGUCGUCAUGGCUUUCUACUCGGCAUGGAUAUAUGCUCAAGUCGUUCUGAUCAUAGUGCUUCUGGGUUCCUUAUCUUCCAGACACUAUCAUUUUCGAUCUCCAUUUGUAGGCGCCGCGGUAUCAUCCGUUGCCGUUGGUGCGCUUGCGGCGGUGCCGUUCCAAAAGGCGAAUAUCUUCUCUCGGUCGCGCUCAACGGGACCAAUAACCAACAGCAUGACGUUUGACAGAAUGAUGACUUGGACCUCUCACCUAGUCCGUCGGGCUGUAUUCGUCAUUGUGCUCCCCAUCGCUGGCAUCCUAUAUACUAUUGUCUCGUCAGGACCACCCGUUCAUCUAGUUUUCCCUUGCAUUUUCGCGGCCCUGAUCGGAUUUUUAUCAUGUCUUGCUAUCGCUGAAUGCAACGGCAUGUUAAUGGAGGCGUGGGAUACCUCUGACCUUCAGCCAGGAAUGACCGGUCGCUCUAGGUCUGGGAAGGACAACAACAUCAAAAGAACCAAUUACUCGUCUUUUCCUCGGGUUACGGCUGGUUGGAACACCAUCCACAGCAUCGGUUUCAUUCUCGCCGCGGGGGCUACCGGUAUUGGUGGAAUAGCUACGCGAAGUUUAGGGCAAAGGGCCGCAACAGGUGUUGUAGCAUCCAUUUUGUUCUUAUUCUCUCUUCUAAUUCUUGGUGUAUUCGCUCGGUUUCGAAGACUGCAAAUCAUCCCCAACUCGAAAAGCGUCGAGAUGGAAAGGUGGACGGAAGAGAGACGGGAUAGUCUUCGCCGUCGUGCCUCUGCGAUAGCUGCCGCCAAGGCCAAUGGUCUUCAUGAUGUCACCGAAAUCCCUGAAGACGAUGUGGGUUCUUUAACGCGAUGGAGUGAAAUUCGGAAGAAAAAUCGCUUGAUUGACGAAGGUGUUCAUCUCAAUCGACAAGCUGUCGGUUUAGCUCGCGACGAGAUUGGGCGGCGAGGGGAGAUGCUCGGGGAAAUUGUCCGUAAGGUAAGUAAGAGAAGCGCGAGAAGCAAACGAAGCCACAAUGGCGAACACGAAGAGAUACCGCGAAUCGAGCUCGAAGAUUUGGGUCCAUUAGGGCCACCGCAUCAGCAUGAUAACAAUACCUUGCACCCUGAGGUUUACUCCGAGCGUGAAUGUGUCAUGGGCCAGACAGUACGAGAGGAAAUGGAAGAUCUUUCCUCCAUAGACGGCGAAUUGGAUGAAGACCAUGAAUGGAAUUAUCCACAGGAACACUCGUCUCACAUGAUAUCAAAGGUUCAACCAUACGCUGGCCAGGAGCAGUCAGCUUCGCAUGGUCAGGGCGAUUAUGUGAUCAAUAUGAACGCCUCAACGGGAGAGCAUGCUUCUCACGGAACACCAAAAGUCAAGCCAGCAGACCCAAACGGAUCAGAACACCGAGAACAACACGGUGCGCAUAUGAGAAACAAGGUUAAGCCGGCUCAGACAGAAAUCGAAAGCGUCGGAAAGGAGCAUGGCGGCCAUAUGGGUCAAAGCAAGGUCAAACAAGCAGACGCAAAUUUUGAGGAGGUUGAUUUGGGCGGGAAAUCCGAUCGCAGGGACUCUAAGACCUUGAAGCAAGAUUAA